UCACUUUGGAAUAUGAAUAAAUAAAUCAGGAGUAUUUUGUGUGUAUUUCAUCUGAGAACUUCACGCCGCACUGGAUGAGAGCUUAAUUGAUUAAGCAAUAACCUCAAAUUUACAAAUUAUCCCCACUCAGAGUGACAAAGAGUAGUUUUUGGUAAACAAUGGCGCUGUCCGGAGGUGUUCUCGCUUUUCUCUCUAUUUUCACGGUUUUUCCGGUGAAUCUUGCUCUCUCCCAGAAUGAAAGUGCUUCACAGACAGACUUCCUGCCUAUUGUGAUGUGGCACGGGAUGGGAGAUUCUUGCUGCUUCCCAUUCAGUCUGGGCAGCAUUAAGAAGUUGAUUGAGGCAGAAAUCCCCGGGAUUCGCGUGACCAGCCUUAAAAUAGGGAAAUCUCUGGUUGACGACUACGAAAGUGGCUUUUUUGUUCAUCCAAACAAACAGGUUGAGGAAGUGUGCAAAAGUCUGAGUAAUGAUCCCCAAUUUGCCGAUGGUUUUCAUGCCAUCGGCUUCUCUCAAGGAGGACAAUUCUUGAGAGCCCUAGCUCAAAGAUGCCCUUCGGCCAAGAUAAGGAACCUUAUCAGUCUCGGGGGUCAGCAUCAGGGAGUUUUUGGUCUGCCCAAUUGUCCAUCUCUGAGCUGGAAGACUUGUGAGUACUUCCGGAAGCUCCUCAACUACGCAGCCUAUGAAAAAUGGGUUCAGAAUCUCCUCGUGCAGGCAACUUACUGGCACGAUCCGCUCAAUGAGGAUGCCUAUCGAGCAGGAAGCAGUUUCCUCUCUGACAUCAACAAUGAGAGAGAGAUCAAUCGAGAUUAUAUAGACAAUCUUCAGAGGUUGAAGCGAUUCGUGAUGGUGAAAUUCCUGAAUGACACCAUUGUGCAGCCCGUGGAGUCUCAGUGGUUCGGUUUCUACGCUCCGGGAAGCGACAAGGAAAUCCUUCCUCUCAAGCAGAGUCGAAUUUAUCUGCAGGAUCGUCUGGGACUGCGAUCCAUGCCACUUGUGUUUGUCGAAUGCGAAGGAAAUCAUCUGCAAUUCACCCAGAAAUGGUUCAUUGACCACAUAAUUCCUUAUCUGAAGGAAAAAUAAAAAAAAUCGUUACCAUUUGAUAUCCAAAUAAAUCGAAUCAUAUGAAA